AUGAAGAGUUUUGUUGCACUAGUUGCUGCCCUUGCGGCAUUUGUUCCUUUCUCUGGAGCAGAAGAUGCUGGCAUCGGCGGUCCAGUUGUUGCCAUGCUGCAGCAGGAUGCCACUGGGGAAACCUUCGAGGAAAACGAGCCAACCGCUGUUGCUGUUGAGGAAACCGAAGGGGCAUCACCGCGUGUUUUCUUUCUAGACAAACUCCUUGGGAAAUUUCUUAUGUCCAAGCUCAAGAUGGGGGCGCCUACCCCUUCUGUCACCAACGAGCACCACCACAUGCACGUCCACCCUGCUCCACCUCCCCCCGCUCCUUGCCCUCCACCUCCCGCGCCUGAACCGCUUCCUCCC